CUGUCAUUUCAUUUCCUUCGAAGAACGAAUCGAGGCCCCGGGAAAAGUAGGUCGUCAGUAUUGAUUUUUACCUAAUAUUCGACAAACAAAGACGUAACCCUGCCUCUGUGAAAAUAAAUACAACCUCGCGCAGUCUCGUCGAAGAAGAACGUGCACAAUGCCAGACGCGGAGCUGGGCGCGCCUACGGUCGAGAAUGUUCGCGUUGUGGUGCGCGUGCGUCCUAUGGACCAGAAGGAAAAACUGGACGGGGCGUACAACUGCGUAUCAGUUGACUCCGUGAACAGCACGAUUGCAGUUACCAGGAACAACGUGAGCCCGCCGGAGCCGCCGCGCAUUUACGCUUACGAUGCAGUCUUCGACAGCAACACCUCCCAGAUGGACAUAUAUGUUCAGACAGCGAACCCAAUUGUGGAGCAGGUCCUCAAGGGAUAUAAUGGAACUAUAUUCGCGUAUGGCCAAACAGGAACAGGAAAGACGUACACUAUGGCCGGAAGUAACUCCGCGCCGGAACUGCGGGGCAUCAUACCGAAUUCAUUCGCGCAUAUAUUCAGCCACAUCGCGAAAGCGAAGGAUGACGAAAAGUUCCUGGUCUGCGUGACGUAUCUUGAGAUAUACAACGAAGAAGUCCGUGAUCUGCUCGGGAACAACCCCCACCAGAGCCUGGAGGUGAAGGAGAGACCAGACAUCGGUGUAUUCGUCAAAGAUCUUACAGGGUACGUCGUCCACAAUGCAGAUGAGCUAGAGAAGAUAAUGGCGGUCGGUAACAAGAACAGACACAUCGGAGCCACAGCCAUGAACAUCGAAAGUUCCAGGUCACACGCGAUCUUCUCCAUAACGGUGGAGAACAGCAAGCGAGGGUCUGAUGGGAAGAUGCACGUCAAGAUGGGGAAAUUGCACCUCGUCGACUUGGCUGGUUCAGAACGGCAAAGCAAAACCCAAGCAACGGGCACAAGGCUGAAAGAAGCGACCAAGAUCAACCAAUCGUUAUCAGUGCUGGGUAACGUUAUAUCAGCAUUGGUUGAUGGGAAGUCCACCCACAUACCCUACAGGAAUUCGAAGCUGACCAGAUUGCUGCAGGAUUCCUUGGGGGGCAACUCGAAGACUGUCAUGAUAGCAACGGUUGGUCCGGCCGAUUCGAAUUAUGUGGAAACAAUCAGCACGCUUCGUUACGCGAACCGGGCGAAGAACAUCGAGAACAAGACGCAUAUCAACAGCGAACCGGGAGACGCCUUGUUGACCAGAUUCCAACAAGAAAUCGAUCAGCUGAAAAAGCAACUUGAAGAGAAUACGAACGAGAUAGAAGAGGAAGAAAUAGAAAUAUCAGAAGAGGAAUUGUCAGAAGACACGCUCACCGACCCUGAGCUGGAUGUACUGGAUCCGGAAGAGAAAAAGAUAAGACGGAAAAUGCGUAGAGAAGAGAAAGAGAAAAUCAGCCGCGAGAAAGCUCACCUCGCUCGCAAAGUCCUGGAAGAGAAGAAGGCUGAACUGCAGAGGACCAAGAAGCAACAAGAAGAGUUGAAAGAGAAGUUGCAGCGGCUGGAGUCUAAAGUGUUGGUGGGGGGUGAGAACCUUCUGGACAAAGCGGACGCUCAGCGUCGUCUGCUGGAACAAGUGGCCAGUGAGCUGGAGCUGAGGAAACUUAACGAACUGCGGCUACAGGAAGACUUGCAGAAGAAAGAGGCAGAACGUUUAGAUCUUGAAGAACGCUACUCCAGUUUGCAAGAGGAAAACGCAGCGAAGACGCGAAAGUUGAAGCGAGCCGUGCAAUUGCUGAAUUCAGCCAAGGCUGAGCUCGCAGACCAGCAGCGAGAGCAGCAGAGGGAGAUGGAGGGGAUCCUGGAUGGAGUCAGGGCUCUUAGGAGAGAGUUGCAGCUCGCUGAUUUGGUGCUAGACGCGUACAUACCCAAAGAGUAUCAAGCGUUAAUCGAGCAAUAUGUCCACUGGAAUGAGCAACUCGGCGAGUGGCAAGUGAAGUGUGUUGCGUACACCGGAAACAACAUGGCGCCCAGACUGCCGCCGCACAAACCGCACACACAUACGGAGGCGCCCGACCUGUCGGAGCGCUACCUGACGUACGGCGCGCGGCCCGCCAGCCGCCUCGCGCCGCCCCGCGCGCACACCGCCCGCCCCGCGCGCUAGCCGAGCGGUAGCCGAACGGUAGCCGAGCGCUAGCCGAGCGGUAGCCGAGCGCCGACCUCUACCGCCUGAUAACUACUUCGCCGUCAUUCGAAAACCAAUGAACACCACAGAUAAUAUACAUCUCGAUGAUUCAAGGUUGUUUAUGCACUUUUACAUUAGAAUCGACGACACGAGUCAUUUAGAGUCCUCUUGGCGUUUCGUUCGUUCAAUGCACUUUAAAAUUGAUUCGUUCACUCUUAUCACUUAGUUUGUAUUAUAUUAGUAUUUACUCGUUCUGUUUUUAGGGAUGAAAUGUGUUUUAGCGGGGUCGUUGGUUUGAAGUGUUUGAAAAAAAUAACGAUUAUAAUUUAUUGCUAUCUUUUUUUUUAGUGAAAAUUUUAAUUAAUUUAUUAACUAAUUAUUUAUUUGAUAAUAAUUAAUUGAUCUCUCUACGCUUGAAAUUUUAAUGUAUUAAUAAUCUCAGUAUUAACUUUUUUUUAAAUCUAAUAUAAUAAAGUUUUGGCGGGAAGUUAUUUUUCCUGUUUAGCCUUUUAUUAUCUGAAUUUAAUAUGUGUGUUGUUUUACAAAUUUAGUAGAAAGUACUUUGCAGAUUGUAUUCAAUUAAAAAACUAAUUUGUGUGUUAGAAACCGCACCUUUUUAUUAUUAAACAGAGCUAAUAAAUAUUACCAACACGCUUUUUAUGGUUAUCGGCGUUUAUUUAAAAGUUAAAAUGAAUAAAUGUUGACGACUAAAAAGUUGCCAAUUUUCCUUUCGUGGACUAUAUUGAACGCUAUAGCUCUUUGUGAGAACUCGCCUUAAUGUCACAGAUAAAAAAUAUAGCAAAGUCCUUUAUAAAAACUAUGCUAGUCACAUUCCAGUGAUAACUUUUAAGAUAAUAAUGAUAUUAUAUUUAUCGUAUUGUAACCAACAUGAAGUGUUAUUUUGUAAAAAAAAACAUUUUUUAAUAAAUAUAUU